UGGGCGACUAGAUUAAUCGACUGACCGUUUAAACUUUAAUUUAGAUCAUGCGGGUUUGUCCAAAGUGGCUUUUAAAAGUUAAAACCUUCACGUAGGCCUACCGAAGUUAGUGACCUGCCGCUACAGCGAGACGUCUGAGCAGCGGUGGGCGGGGCUAACGACUGUACACAGUCAGGGAUUACACUGCUCUCCUGUGUGCCGGUUAUUAUUUUUUUCAUCCUAAAAUCAUGCAUGUACCACUUUAAUACCCCCGCUUUAAGUAAGUUGAAACAGUUGCUCAAAUAUGAAAAGUGUUGGCAACUUUUUUCUUCAAUGGGUUGAAGAAAGUGAAGUCUCUUUGGGAGGGAAAUAACGGGGCAGGACGUUAGCCGAAUGUUAGCUAACCAGCAACAGGUCAGUUGGUUGGUCAACUAGCUAACAGACAAAACGGUUAUGGAGCGCGCGACUUUUUCAAAAUACUCCUGGGUCGAUUUUUUCUUCUCUGUGAUCGGAGUGUGUACGUUUUUGGUGGACUGGGGCUCGGACGUCUGGGUGGCCACCGAGUUUUACUGCCGCGGGGAAUUGUUCUGGUUCUGGGUGGUGGUCGGCCUCAUGGUCCUGUCGUCAGUCGUCGUCCAGAUGUUCAGCUGGUUCUGGUUCAAGUAUGACCGACAGCUGCAGAUGUUCAGCGCGCGGACCGAAGGAGGAACCGUGUUCUUCAGGGACCAAGUGAAGCUCUCCUGCGUGUUACAUGUGCUGCAGCUGGGUUUCCUUUGCAGGCACAUCUCCGCCAUACGCCAAGGCUUCAGGGUCUGGUGGCGGAAAGAGGAAGGGUCGGAGUACGCUGUUUACCUGACACACGACCUCAGCAUGCUCCGGCUUAUCGAGACAUUCUGCGAGAGUGCUCCUCAGCUCACUCUGAUGAUCUACGUCAUGCUGCACACAAACAAAGCCAGGACUGUUCAGUUUGUGAGCAUUGCUGCAUCAACCACUUCCAUAGCCUGGAUGGUGGUGGAUUACCACCGCUCCCUGCGCUCCUUCCUCCCUGACAAGGCCAAGCAGGGCUGGUGUUCCUCUUUGAUCUACUUCCUGUGGAACCUGCUGCUAAUUGCCCCACGUGUGAUGGCCCUUGCUCUCUUUGCCUCAGUCCUGUCCGGGUACAUCGCUGCCCACUUCUUGAUGCUGGGGCUCAUCUUUGUGUUGUGGGCCUGGCGACAAGGGACAGACUUCAUGGACAGCGUCGGUGGGGAGUGGCUCUACCGGGCCACCGUAGGGCUUAUUUGGUACUUCAGCUGGUUUAAUGUAGCAGAGGGUCAGACCAGAGGCAGGAGCAUCAUCUAUCAUUCUUUCAUCACCACUGAUGGAGGAAUCCUGCUGGUGACUUGGUGGUGUUACAGGGACCCUGUCCAGACUGAGUCAUACGCCCUCACUCUGCUCAUCAAUCUACUUGUCAUCUACCUCUUGGGACUGCUCUUUAAAACCCUCUACUACUGCUGCUUCCACCCCAAGCUGUGGAGGCCACCGGUGAGGGAGCCAGGACUGCCCGAUGAUCUUCCUGAUGCAGAAGUGUCCUUUAGAGACGUCUCCAUCCAGGACGGCACCCUGUCCCCCCAGCUCCUCAACAAACGCAUGGCCUGCCAUGCUGCUCAUUUUUACUCCGAGCAAGGAGUCAUUAGAAACACUGAUAGCACAAACAGAGCGGAGCCGUCAAAUCUGUGAUGUUUGAUUUUUAGUUUGCCAAAUUCAACAGUGUAUGUCCUUCUUUGGUAGUGAUAGUAUGCAACCAUCGCUCUUAGGACUCCGGUGUCCUAUCUGUGAUGCAAUAUAACCGGGUGCUCAGUAUAAUAUGAACCAAAAUAGAGGCUCAAAAACGGUACCUGAAACCAAGAGAGGUCAAUAUGGAUAAAAUCCUUUUCAAAUCGGUACAUACAUCAGUACCUACAGUAUAUUGGGAUAUAGUAAAUUCCUGGAAGAACUGUUAAAAUAACUAAUAAUUGUUUUUUUUAACUAUCCAGAUACUUCAUCACAUUGAUGCAAAUGCCAUAUACGAAUCCAGUCCCGCUAGUUGUUUUGCAAUCUUGCCACAAUGUUCUAACAGCACCAUUGAUAUUUCCACACUACAAACUUUAAUGAAAAAUCUGUUAUAAUCUCACUGUAUACAUUUGCAAAUGUUCUCCACUCUACUUGAAACUGGGGGUAUUUGAUAAGCUCAUUGCUAACCCAAUAUAGUCAGGUGUUAGUUUUAUUUGAUACAUUUUCUACAAAGCAACUUGAAUGUUGUUAACUUUACAGAUAAGACAAGUAAAUUUAGUUAUGGGGACAACUAUUUUCAUAUGUACCAUAUGAUCAUAUGGGUUGGUUGUUGCUGUUGUUGCUGUUGUUGCCUUGUAUCUCCCAAA